CGCUACGUGAUGCCUAAAAAUAAACGCGACAUGUUAUUAAAUAAGAAAUAUUAAAAUACUGACUUGCUUUGACUUUUGAGUAACUGCGUUCUGAAGUUGACAAUGGAUAUAAUAAAAUAUUCAUAAAGUCAUAUUUAACUAACAAUCAUAUACGUCGAAAUAAGAAACAAUAUAUAUUUAUAAAUGUAUUAUCUUGCAGAAAGAUGCAAUUCAUUUUAACAUAUACGAGACACCACAGACGAAUUUGAAUGUGACAGCUGUUAAAAUUCAAUCGCAAUGACAGCUGCUCUCGCACGAAGUAAGCGCAGCAAGAGAACCAAUCGACAUCGCGGAAAAGCGACAAUAAAUUUCGAUACGAAGCAAUCGACUUCACAUGCAUCUUUUUAGAUAGGAGAAUAUAUUAAAUUAAAGAAUAUAUUUCGUAAAUGUGUGUUUUAAAUUUUCUAAGCAAAUAUUUUCUUAGUAAACUUUAUUAUAUUUUUAGUGGAAUUUAAUUAAAAAAUUUUUAUUAUAACAUGAAAAUAAAUUCGUCUAUUUAGAAUUGAAUUGUUUGUAUUUAAUGGACAUUGAAAUUAUGUAAAUUAAGCAUGAAGGUGCACUUUUAUCGACAAACGACAAAAAAAAAAACGAAGAGGGAGGGGCAAGAUAUGCUGUGUCGCUCCCCAGUCCUGACGAAUUAUGUAUAUACCGUGUCGUUGUUAAUUCCCUUCGCUUUAACGUCCGGUAAACGAAAGAUACUCGGGUUUCAACUCACUAUGUUACUGCCGUCAUGCGGUUCUCGCGUGAUCGAACGAGGCACGUCCCCCAUAAAUAAACUUUUCAUACAUCAGCGAGAAGAGUGGCCAGCGCAGAAUAAAGCACACGAAGAUGAAAUCAUACCCUGCGCACCGCAGGAUGCAUCAUGCAUCCACACCGACGGUGUCCGGUAGCUCGCAGCAGUUUAAUCGACGUCCUGCGAGGAACUUUUCCUCCCAGUGCCUGCGUGAGCGCGGUUAAACCAACGCGGCAGUGGCAGGCAUAUAGAGAAAAGAUCAUCUUCGAUCUUCAAGGUCGACCGCAUGCGGCUCGAGGCCUUCUCGCGAAGACGUCGAUCCAACCGCGGUGAAUUCGUUCGACUGUUUUCAUCGUCUGGCAGCUGUUAUCCAGCCCCGUUUCCCCGUGGCUGUGGCAUUCGUUGCUUCUCCGCGUCCCAGGGCGCGAGUACUUACAUUUAUCGAUUUAAACCGAGUGUCAGUCUCGAUAUGACGGAGCAAAUGGCGGAGAACAACACGGACGGAGUCGUCGACAAGGACAACGAGGAAAGGUUAUACCUGAAUACUGUGGUUAGCGACGAUGAAAAUUGGGCACUGGAGAGAUCGGAGGAAUACGAAGAAGACGAGAGAAAAGAGGAGCAAGAAGGUGAGGAAGGCGUUUACGAAAUGGAUGAGUUUUUUACUCGGGACGAGAAAUAUGAGCGCGAGAAGGAAAGAUAUGAAGAGCGAAGUCACGAAGAUGAGGAAGCAGAAGGAGAAGGAGACGCACCGCCCGAUGAUACUACGACAGUCUCAACAGCAGAGAAGCCCGAAGAGGAAGUGCAGCAAGAUGUGGUGGGGCCCGAUCACGUGCUCGCUGAGAUACCAGUUGAGGUUCGCAUAAACUUGUCAUUCUGCGUCAUUCUGCCCGUGGAAUUACUGUGCCUCACGACCUUCGUAAUAUUCUGAGGACUUAAGUCUCCCUUCUCAUCACGCGCCCCCGCACAAACGUGUUUCCGCAUUGUAUACGUGUUCCGUCGCUAUUGUGAUCGAUUGAAAUGGUAAUAAUAAAAGACUUCCCCAAGUA